UGGGCAAGUUAUCACCAGAGUUGAGGACGUGGUGAAAGAGCUUAUCGAGAAUUCUAUUGACGCACAAGCAACUUCAAUAGAAGUGAGGCUGGUCGGAGACGGACUUAAUUCCAUUGUGGUUAAAGAUAAUGGAUCGGGAAUUCCGGAAAAUGAUAGACCAGUGAUGGCAUUAAGGUAUCAUACUUCGAAAUUAGAGGAUUUUGGAGGAUUGAGUAAAGUAGAAACAUAUGGAUUCAGAGGCGAAGCCCUCAAUUCAAUCUGUGCUGUAUCCGAGUCUACACAAAUAACUACCAAAACCUCUAAAGAUCCGGUAGCUAUAAAUUAUUCGCUUGAUCGAACGGGAAAAAUUGUAGAUUCAAAACCAGUUGGGAUUACUGAAGGAACAACUGUUAUGGUUAUGAUGCUGUUUUCACACGUUCCAGUUCGUAGACAAACUGCUCAAAGGAAUUCAUCAAAAGUCGGGAAAGCAGUACAAAACCUUUUAACAACUUAUGCCCUUGCACAUCCACAUAUUCGCUUUUUUCUCAAACUAAUAUAUGACAAUGCUGCAAGGUUAAAUUUCAAAGCUGGUGAAUGGAUUCUUCCAUCAAUGAAAAGUCAGAUGCAAUCGUUAAAUGAACUUUAUGGUGUUGAGUUCACAAACAAUGUUGAAUUUGUUGUCUGGGAUACAGAUAAAGAGACUUCCUUAGAAAUAGACAAUGAGAAUUGUGACAUAUUAGAUGGAUCAAAUUGUGCAAAAAGUAAAAUUAUAAUUGAAGCCAUAUUACCAAAGCCAGAUGCGAAACCACACAUUAUUUUUAAGAACGGUCAAAGUUUCAUUUAUGUUAAUAAUCGUCCAGUAACUGCAACCAGAGGAGAAAUAAAAAAUAUUGUAUCCAUCGUAAAAUCAACCUACACAGAAAUUGCGUGUAAACAUGGUUGGACUGCAAAUAAAAAGACUCCAUUUAUGUGGAUAAAUAUUAAGUUACCAACUUAUGAUUAUGACAUUAAUGUUGAACCCAGCAAAAAUGUCGUAUUUUUUCAUAAUGGUGAACAAAUCUCAAGUGCGAUCGAAAAGUUGUUGAUUAAUGUGUACGAUAUUAACAAUCGUGCAAUGUCCCCUUAUAGUGUUGGAAAGAUUCCAAAAGUUGGUCUUGAAGAUUCAUCAUCACCCAAUCUUAAUUUGUCACCAAUUUCUACGGAAUUACUCUACUUAUCUUCUAGCGAACCAUCAUUAGCUGGUGAUGUAGUAGUUAGUUCGUCAUCUGUUUAUCAAAGAUCACCAGAAACGACAUCCCAAAAUGAUCCUGAAUUAGUUUUUUCAGAUGUAGAUAAUUUAAAUGAGCCGUUAUCUGGAAACCAAGUUGUUUCUGAUAAAAAAAAGGGAAAGAUGACGGAUCAUGGGUCAACUACAUCACAAGUGUCAGACCAGGGUACGAAGAAAAAAGCGAAUAAAGAAAAAAAAAAUGAUUCCAAAACAUCUCGAUUACUUGAUGAAUGGUACAAGACUGCGCAAACAUCAGAUAUUCCAACUACACUUCCCAUUGUUAGUCCGUCGAGUACUCCACCACAUACUAAUAAUUUGCAACAUAAAGAUCGUAGAGGUUCGAAAAGUAUGAUAAAUCCCCCACAAAAUAACUCAACAACAUUGUCAUAUGGUUCUAUAAACAUUGCAUAUGAAGAAAGUGAUAAUGACGGAGAAUACGAUUUUCAAAAUAACAAAAGUAACAAAGGUUCUAAUCAAAGUAAGCAAAGAAAGAAUUCUCGUGAUGAAGGGCCAGUACGUAAACGUUCAGCAUUGGAUGAUACGGAAAAUAUCACACGUAACACAGAACAAUUCGAUAAUGAAAAUUCAGACGAUACUUAUCAUGAAAACGAAGGCUAUACACGUAAACGUUCAAGGACUGAUGACAUUGAAGACAUAGCCCCAUCUCAAGGGACAUCCAUUGAUAAUUGUGAAAAUGAUCUUGAACCAACAUCAGCAGAUAUUAUGAAUGCUCAUGAGCCAACGCCACCCGAGUCUACCGACGAGACAAACAUUCCAGAGCGAAUAACGCCCGAUUCUGAAGGCGGCGUUAAUGUUUCCGAACAAUCGCAACGCGAACUGGUGGGAUCAAAAGUAUCUCCAAAAAAACAAUCAAACCAAAGAUCAGGCGUUAGAACUAUCGUAAUUGGACAACCUACUAUUGAUGCUACUUCUAGAUCAGAUGGCGCAAGUAAUGUGCCUACAAAUGACGACGUUAAUAGAUGUCAAGAAACAUUCAAGCGUAAAGCAACCCAAGAUGCUCGUAAAGCAUUAGGAUUUACUGAUACAUUAAAUCAUGAAUUGAUAUUGAAGUUUGACAAGCAAAUUAUUUGUCGCAAGAAAAAUUCUUUGGAGUCUUCUGUUAAGUUUGUUGACGUUUCGUCUUCAAUAACUUGUUUAAAUAAGAUGGAUUGCGGCCUAUGGACCUUGUCAAGAAAAUUAAAUGAUAAUGUCGUAAAUCUAUUGAUCGUACACGGAGAAAGGAUACGUGAAUUGGUUACUUUACAAACUUUGGUAACUUCGACGGAGCUACUGCCAACAAGAAAAUUAACAACACCUAUUGAUAUGGAAUUAGAACUUCUUGGGUCCGAUCGCAUAAUAUCGUGCCUAAAAUCACUUUCAUAUGACCAAAUACCGGAUGAAAAUGGUGCCGGUGUUUGGUGGAAUAUGAUCAGUCAAAAAUGUAUUACUGCCAACGGAGUGAAA